AAGCACACUUUCAACCUCACCACCAAGGAGGACAGCAAUGGAACGCAAUGUCUUCUGCUGGGUGGCUGCAGUCCUUAUAGUAGGGGCUCAAGCAUACCUACCUAUCAACUACAAGUGCGGAGUCCAGCCCAAAUCAAGAGAUCAAUGCGGCUAUGACGGGAUUACGGGCGAUGAGUGCGCCAAGCGAGGGUGCUGCUUUGAUAAUUCCGUGAGUGACAGUAUCUGGUGUUACAACCCUUGGAGAUUUGAAGCCACAGAAUGUAACCCGGCUUCACCCAUUGCCAGAGUCAACUGUGGCUACCCAGGAAUCUCCCAGCAAGACUGCACAUCCAAAGGGUGCUGUUUCGAUGACACCUUUCCCCAAGUUGUGUGGUGCUAUCAGCCCGUCAUUAAAGCAGUGGAACAUGACUGCGUUGCCGUAGAACCAAAGACAAGGGUCAACUGUAGUCCUCCGGGUGUUACCCCUGACCAGUGCAAGGAGAACGGAUGCUGUUUUGAUAAUAGUGUGCCUGAUGUACCCUGGUGCUUCAAGCCAGAAAUUAAAAAAGAGACCAUCCAGUGUGCUGUGAUGCCCAAAGCCAGAGUGAACUGCGGCUAUGCCGGCAUCGACAUGGACCACUGUUACCAGAAAGGAUGCUGCUAUGACUCCAGAGAACCGGACGCCAUCUGGUGUUUCUACCCAGACAUUACAGACGACUCCAUCACUGAAUAAGGACCCUGCGCAGAGGUCACCGCCUACGUCCUGUGGCCACAGGUUCCCGCUUCCCUGAUUUGUUCUUUUUCCUGUCACUCACACACCCGCAGUGAAUUUAUCUGGCACAGAUGAGCGCUGCUAUCACAAACCAUACAUAAACUAUAUAAGCUGC